AUGUCCGCCUACCACCGGCUGGCCGGGGAAGAGGGCCUGCACGCCGCCAUGGAUUACUCGUACCUGAACCAGGGCAGUUUCGAGGGGAGCUGCUCGCUGUCCACGUUGGAGCUUCAGCCGAGCUGCCAGCUGCCCUCGGGGGGCUACGGAGACCUGGGGGGCUGCGGGGGUGGCCCCCCCAGCUACCGAUACUCGGCCUCCCCCAUGGCCCGCUCCUUCUCGGCGCCCCCGUCCGCCGCCCUCACCGGCCCGUCCGCCGCCUGCGGCAUGAUGGCCGCGAGGCCCCGCCACCACCUCCAUCCGGACCAUCCGUCGAGCAUGGCCGCGGCCCACCACGGACCCUCGCCGUUUCCGGGAUUACAAAAUCUACCAGCGGCCGGCCUUCCACCGUAUAAAGUAUAUCCUGUUCACGAAGGUGUCCUAACAGAAAAGCGAAAGCAACGCCGUAUCCGAACCACUUUUACUAGCGCCCAACUCAAGGAGCUGGAGAAAGCCUUUCAAGAAACACAUUAUCCAGACAUCUACACGAGAGAAGAAAUCGCGAUGCGAACAGACCUCACAGAAGCCAGGGUACAGGUAUGGUUCCAAAACAGAAGAGCCAAAUUUCGGAAACAAGAAAGAUUAAAUCAACAGAAACAAGCACAACAGUCGAAUCAGAAGUCCAGUAACAACAAUAAUACAUCCAGUAAUAACCAAUCCACGACCAACAGCAACAACAAUCUCCUCAUCAACAGUAACGGAUCGUCCAAAGAUUCAAAUGCUGACAGUUCGAAAGUGGUAUCAUCUAUGAUGCCUCCACCUCCUCCUCCAAGUUCAAAGUCCAUCAAUGGAAAAUCGCUUCUGGACGCAAAGUGGAGUGGGUCUCCGAAUCCUUCUCCGUGUGCGCAGAAAACAUCUCAACUGAACUCUCCCGUCCUACCUCCGUCCUCUUUCCCCCUAUCUUUUCCUCUCAGUCCUCCUAUAGACAGCAAACCCAACAUCUUCUGA